AUGAAGAAAGCAGAGGUGGUGUUUAUCCCCGCACCUGCUAUGGGUCACAUUGUAGCACUGGUAGAGGUAGCUAAGCUUCUUGUUCGACGUGAUGAUCGACUUUCCGCAACUGUUUUCAUUAUGCAUCCAACUCUUGACCCCACCACAACCAAAUAUAGUGAGUCACUUACUGCAUCAACUCUGCCCGAUCGUAUGCGAGUCAUUAACUUCCCAAAUAUUGAGUCCAUAUCAGAGUCCAUAGCACCAGAGCCUAAAGGCCGUAGCUGGCUUACUUCUUUGAUUGAAGGCCAAAAACCCCAUGUCAAAGAAUAUGUUUCCAGGAUUAGAACUCAAUCCGAGUUGAGCCCGGAAUCUCCUCAAGUUGCUGGGUUUGUUUUUGAUACUUUUGUUAUUGGGAUGAGAGAUGCCGCUAAUGAAUUUGGGGUUCCAUGGUAUGUUUUCUCUGCUUCAGGUGCAGCUUUUAUUGGUUUCAUGUUGCAUUUUCAGGUUCUUCACGAUGAGCAGGGAGUGGACCUUACGGAGUUCAAGAACUCGGAUGCUGAGUUGAACUUUCCGAGUUUGGCGAACCCACUUCCUGCUAAACUUUGGCCUUCGUUUUUGUUCGAGAAAGAGAUGAUCACUGCUUUUAUCGAACACACAAGAAUAUUGACCGAAGCGAGGGGUAUUUUGGUAAAUACAUUUGUAGAGUUUGAAUCUCAUGCCGUUAACUCUCUUUCAGAUGGCAAAACACCACCCGUGUAUCCCGUGGGGCCCAUUGUGAAACAAGUAGGAGAUGGUCGUGAUUUGCGAUCAAAUGAGAGCGACAAUUACAGAGACAUCAUGGAAUGGCUUGAUGAUCAGCCUCCAUCAUCGGUUAUGUUUUUGUGUUUCGGCAGCUGGGGAAGUUUUAGUGAAAAACAGGUGACAGAGAUAGCAUUUGCACUAGAGCACAGUGGACACCGAUUCUUGUGGUCUCUCCGAAAACCUUCACAGAUACAGAAAGGUGAAGCAGAAUCGCCGAGUGAUUACGAAAAUUUUCAAGAAAUUUUACCUGAAGGUUUUUUGGAUCGUACUACCAAGAUGGGAAAGGUUAUUGGAUGGGCUCCGCAAGUAGAUAUUUUAGCACAUCCAGCUGUGGGAGGGUUUGCGUCGCAUUGUGGAUGGAAUUCUACACUAGAAAGUGUAAGAUUUGGUGUUCCAGUUGCUGCCUGGCCAUUAUAUGCAGAACAACAUCUUAAUGCUUUUCAAAUGGUGGUUGACUUGGGAUUAGCUGUGGAAAUUAAAAUGGAUUAUAGGAAGGACUUUUAUGAUGAUAAUGAAAUGAUGGUGGGUAGUGACGAUAUAAUCAAAGCUAUAAAUUUGGUGAUGGAGCAGGAAAGUGAAACAAGAAAGAAAGUGAAAGAGAUGAGUAGCGUAAGUGAGAAAACCUUGAAGCCUGGUGGAGCUUCCUUCUCUUCGCUGGGUCGUCUAAUUGAAGAUAUGAUGAGUAACAUAUCAUGA